CACCGGAAACAACGUUUGUUCUACUUUCACUUAGAGCAGAUCCUAGUAGAAGUACGUGAUAUGAGUAGUUUGACAUAACGGAUGUAAACAUGUCACAUAUGUCAUUGAAAGAGCAAAGUGGCUGUCGAAAACUGUUAAGAUUAUUAACCCUGGACGACUUGCUCGCCCUUAAAGAUACGGUAACGAAUCGACUGAUUGCUGUUGAGAGCACACAAGAGGCUAUUGAAGCCAUCAUAACUUACUCAAAAGAUGCUGAGGAGCUCCUCAAGAGAAAAAAGGUACACCGGGAUGUCAUUUUUAAGUAUCUUGCCAAUGAAGGAGUUGCCAUUCUCCCUAAUAGUGAUAAACAUCAGCUGGUCUGGAGAACCAUUGAGUUGUGGUCGUCGGGUGAGAUCUCAAGGCAUGAGAAGAACACAGUCAUUAAAGAUGAGGUUGGCGAUGGUCUGUCAGACCUUGCAGCUUUGGGAAAACAGUUUUGCCAGUGGUUCUUCAGCCUUCUGAACUCUCAGAACCCCAGUCAAGGGCCUCCGGUGCAGGACUGGGGUCCUCAGCAUUUCUGGGAGGACGUGAGACUUCGACUUCUCUUAUGUACGGGAGAGCAGCGUGUAGAUGAGUUCAAUGGGGCACAGAUGGUCAGCCAGCGGCUACAUGCUCUUGCAGGAGAGGAACGUCUGUUGUUCUGCCCAAACUUGGAGGGUUCUGGGUUAAAGUAUGUAUCUUCACCUCAUGGACUGGUGGUAGUUGCCGUAGCUGGGACCAUCCACCGUGACAAUGCUUGCCUUGGGAUUUUUGAGCAAGUGUUUGGGCUCAUUCGCUCACCAAUGGACGAUAAUCGCUGGAAAAUAAAGUAUGUUUAUAUAAAAGUAGAAGCACAAGGUGCCAUCACAGAGAGACAGUUACCAUGUAUUACAUAUGAUUCAAAAGAGUUGCUGAGGUUUUGUAAUUGAGAGAUCUUUGUAAGGACAUUUUUUUAAAAGAGAUAAGAGAUAAACUGGGUUAAACAUGGAGGAUGUAAUGUUCUGUGAAACAUCUGUAAACCACUUUAUUGUGGGAUAGAUAUUAAUUGAUAAAAUGAUCUUAGUUUGUAUUUUUUUGUGAACUUAAGGACAGUUUCCAGUCAGUUUGACCCCUAGCAAACCUCAACUCAAUUUAUACUAAGAUUUUUGUAAAAUGUAAUAUUUCAGUAAUUUUAUGAAUAUGAUUGAUCUUGGCCUUACACAAUUUUUUUAAUUUAUAAACAAAACGUGUAUAAAAGAAACAGUAAAUUUGAUUUUUUUUUUUAGUCAUUUUAGAUCAUUUAUUAAACAAAUAAACAAAAAAAACAAUUUAAGAUGGCAUUCUUACUUUUAUAUCUUGAUUUAUUCUUUAAUAUAGAAAUCAUCAUUUAAUUUAUAUAAUAAUUUUGUGUGAGGGCUAUUUUUAAAUUCACACUCAGAAUGUCCUUUUUGAAUUUGUAUUAGAGCCAAAAUUUUAAUUGUUAUGUCAUUUUCUUCAUUUUUAAAAAAAUGAUUAUUAUUAUUCAUUUGUGAAUUCAGGUUUACUAGAAUUCAAACUGUCUGGAGUGUUAGAAUCGUCUUAAGAUUCCACUUAAAAUACAUUAAAAAAAAAAAAAAUUACUGUAUUUUUAAGUACUUUUAUCAAUACUUGCAUCACUUCCCAGUAAAAUAUUUGUCGAGAACA